AUGCGUUCACCAACAAGGUUGAAAUUUCCAAUAGUUGUGCUUGGAAUUCAAAUUAUUUUCAUAGUUUUAUUCGCGCUGACAGUGGAAUAUGAUAAAAGUGCAGAUGCCAAAUUCGAUAUUCAACACCCACGGAAUGUUACUGACAGAAAUCCGCCAGAAAAUGAAGUUUCUAAAUAUUACCCUAUGUUUCAAGAUGUACAUGUCAUGAUAUUUAUUGGUUUUGGUUUUUUGAUGACAUUUUUAAAGAGAUAUGGGUUUUCAGCUGUUGGCCUCAACUUAUUAAUAGCGGCAUUGAUUCUACAAUGGGCUACUUUAGUUCAGGGGUAUCUUCAUUCAGAUGGCAAUGUUCAUAUCAGCAUCACCAGCAUGAUUACGGCUGAUUUUGCAGCUGCGACUGUAUUGAUAACGUUUGGCGCCGUACUAGGUAAAGUCAGUCCGCUACAAAUGGUGGUAGUCGCCCUGAUUGAAGUGGUUUUAGCUACACUCAACGAGAAGGUCGGAGUGCAAAUAUUUCAGGUUUCUGAUAUCGGUGGUUCAAUAUUCGUUCAUGCUUUUGGUGCUUUCUUUGGACUAGCUCUAGCCCGUGUGUUGUACGAUGAAGAUGUGGAACGUUCAACUAAAGAAGGUUCUGUUUACCAUUCAGAUCUGUUCGCUAUGAUAGGCACAAUAUUUCUAUGGUUAUUUUGGCCGAGUUUUAACAGUGCUUUAGCAGUAGGCGACGACCAACACCGAGCAGUUCUCAAUACCUAUAUGGCAUUAGCAGCAUGCUGUAUCGUAACCUUUGCUAUAUCAGCACUAGUCGAUGGUGAAGGGAAGUUUGAUAUGGUCCAUGUUCAGAAUGCAACAUUAGCAGGUGGUGUAGCUGUUGGUACUAGCGCUGAUAUGAUGAUACAACCAGUAGGUGCUCUGGUAGUUGGUGCUGUGGCCGGGGUCCUCUCAACUUGUGGCUACAGAUUUAUUACUCCUUUCCUAACGAGUAAGUUAAAGCUACAUGAUACAUGUGGAGUGAAUAACCUCCAUGGUAUGCCUGCUGUCUUGGCUGCUGUUAUAGGAUCUAUUGCGGCUGCUGUUGCUAAUACAGAUACAUAUGAUGACCCUGAGUUUGCUAAAAUCAAGCUGUAUGUAGAUGUAUCUCCUGGUGAAGGUCGGACUGCUGGACAACAAGGUGGUUACCAGAUGCUUGCUCUAGCUGUUACUCUGGCUAUAGCUAUAGUUGGUGGUGUCAUAACAGGUUUCAUCAUUAAAUUUAUACCAAUGUUCGUGGCGCCGAAGAAAGAGCAAUUAUUCGAAGACGAGCCUUAUUGGGGUGUUCCAGACGAUCACAGAACGUACCCUAAUAUUCCAAUUAUCAUUACGACAGAAGCUACGGAUUCUCAUGCGUCUGUCCCUAGCCUUUAUCAACAUGUGACGGCGCGGUUAUUGGAAUCGGACGAACCCGUCAACUCAGAACGACAUUCAAAUUCGUCAUUAGAAGACGAGAAAGAGUCUAUAGAAAAUAAAACUGCUGAUAUUGACGUGUAG